AUGUCUCCCAACUUAUUUGCUGCUCAAGAGCAUGCUCUUAUAAGUACCUGGAUCGGAGGAGAUAUUUUCUGCCAGUUAUUCGCCUACUUCAGCAAUUCUCUGAUCUCCUUCGUUAUUUUGGGUGCGACUCUGGCGACUUUUGAAAGGAAGUAUGCCGUGAUUGACCCAGACAAACAUCUACAAGUAUUUACACCAAUCAACACCAAGCUCCUGGUAGUCGGGUUUUGGAUGCUGUCCGUCCUGCUGUGUGCUGGGCCCCUUUACGGCUGGGGAGAGUAUUCAAAUUUUAGAGGUGUAAUGAAGAUUCUGCUAUCUGUUACAUUGGAUAGGAAUGAUUCAAAGAACCUCACAGACUCUCCUUGGAAUUCAACCCUUAGCAGCAUUUUGUGUCAACCUGUGAACGGGACACACAACACCAGAAUGAAAGAAAUUGCAGAUAGGACAAUGUUCACUGUCCUGCAAGAAUGGCCUGGAACAGUCCGGCGCUCUUUAACGAAUAACUGUGAAAAUGGACAGAUCAUUCUUCUUCUCAGAGCAGAAACCACUGCAGUGGCUGAUAUUAUCUUCCGCGAUAUUUUAAGUAUGCGAUUUGAUGACGUCAUUAUGGCGGGAAACAAUAAAACUAUGGGCCAAGAGACAGGACUCUUAUUGAAAUCUACGGUUGAUAGAAGUGAUUUUCAGUUGUACAGAGACGCCUAUAUUUCUUUUCAAAGCAUCGGUGUAUGUUCUCUGGAUUUCUCACCUACAAAUGCUUACGUAUUGUCCUCGACAAUAUAUGUGUUGUGCACUACUGUUCUUGGACCCCUAGUGCUAAUGAUAUUAAAUGCAUUGGUUGUCGCCAACCACAUAAAGUGUCCGUACUACUCACUUAACGAUGACGUUCCUUACCUCAGAACCGUCAACGCUGGAGGAAUUUCAACAGCUAUCUGCUGCAUACCGUAUUAUAUAAUUAACUUUAUGAAUAUGCAUGGAAUAGUGAUUAACCGAAUUGUGAAUAUAUUGUGUACAGCAAUGUUUUAUAAUUCUCCACUUUGGAUAUCCUUGCCAUUUUUAAUGAUGUACUUUUCAAAAUUGCUCAAAAAGAGACCAUCAAGUUCUGUUGAAGCAACGGAACUGCAAAGUAUUGUAGACUCAAGUGUGGAGUGAAAUUUUAUGCAAGAGUGUGGAAAUCUUUAUAAUGUUCAAUGGCAGCGAUUGUUUUUGUUUUGUUCAAAGAAUGUUUUUGACGUUUUAUUAAUUUCAUUGCCUUCAUUUACAUCUCAGGCGUUGUUUAAAUCAAUACUUGAUGGAGUUAUACGUUUUUUUACGGAACAAAAUAUAGAUUUUUAUAGGUCGUCAAUAGGAUAUUCACCGUCGUCUUUUAGCAAUUAGUAGUGGUUUUGUGAUCUGUCCAUACUAAUGAUGUAUACAUUCUGACUUCUCUUGGAAAAAAAAUUUUGAUUAUUUUCAAAAACAUUUUAAGUUAGGUUGGAUACUGGAACAAACCGUUAAGACAAAAUUGUUAAAGCUGUUGAAAAAUUAACAAAAGUGAUAUUUUCAAAGAAUCUGCCUACUUUAAAUACUAGUUACAUUUUACAGAAGCCUCAAAAUAUAAAAAUUAAAACAACAUCAUGCUAGACAAAGCUUUUUAUUGACAGUUUUGUUAUUUUUCUUAUUAAAGUGAAAUGAUAGUUAUAAAAUGAUAAAUUUGUCUGUCUGUCUGACACAUCUUUGCAAGAAUCAUCACUAGUAAGCGGAGAUUUUGCUUAUUUAGGGGCAAAAUAAUGACAUGUUACAACAUUUUGACCGUCAUUGAGAAGAAUGAAUCCAUCGUCUAUCAAUUAUUUAGCGUAAUGAGAGAAAUGAGGGGAAUUUAUUUGACAAGAUGGUCAAACCUUCAUUUUUGUUGUUAUAAUUUUUGCUUGU